AUGGAUGUUGAAGAGAAUAAUGAUGAUGCAUCUGAGCAGGGCUAUGAUAUGCAUUCAGAUAGCCCACACCCGGUUAACAAGACUCAAAUUGAAAUAGAGAGUACUGAGAUCGAAGAUAGAGAUUAUGUUUCAUUGUUCGAAGCAACGAAAGAAUUAACUAUUGCUUCUAUCACCUGUGCAGGAGGACUUCUAUUGAGAAGAACAACAGAAAUCUUUAAUUACAUGGUCCUUGGAAGACUUGGAGAUCCAAAUCUAGUAUCAGGUGCAGGACUUGGAAACAGCACUAUUAAUAUGACAUUGAUAGCCCUCGGCUUAGGAUUUACAGGAGCUAUUGAGACUUUAGCAUCUCGUGCUUUUGGGAGGAAAAAUAAUUACUUGGCAGGGUGAUAUUAUACUCGAGCCCAAGUGAUAUUGACGAUAAUUUUGAUACCCAUUUGACUCCUCUUUUGGUAUCUUACUCCAAUUUUGAUCUAUCUUGGACAAGAAGUAGAAGUUUCAAAGGUUGCUGGUAGAUUUGUCAGAGCAUGGAUCCCAGGCACAUUUAUGUUUGUUCAGACAGAAGCUUUAAGAAAGUUCUUAGUGGCUCAGGGACAGUAUUCUUUCAUGACAAAAAUUCAACUUGUGACUGCAAUGCUGCACCCUUUAUGGCUAUACAUAAAUGUCUACUGAUUUAAUUUAUCAAUAGAAGGAGUGGCUUUUUCCACUGUGAUCACUCAUUCUUUGAACUUCCUUAUUGCUUACGUUUGGAUUACUCUCGAUCAAUCAAUAGUAAAAGAAGGGUGCUGGCACUUUGUUAACAAAGACUCAUUUAUAGGAUAUUUUGAAUUCUUAAAAUUUGCUAUUCCUUCAUUCUUAAACCUUGGACUAGAAGUCUGGUCUUUUCAAUUCAUUCAUUUCAGAGCAGGCUUCUUGGGAACCACUCAAUUGGGAGCAAGUGUUAUACUAAUGAAUCUGCAAACAUUCUUAUUUAUGGCUCCUUUUGGGACAUCUUUAGUGGCUUCAAGCCUUAUUGGAAACAGCUUGGGAGCUUCAAAGCCAAAAACAGCUAAUAUGUACAUCAAAGCUAUAAUUGCAACAGUGACUGUUAUUACUGUAACUUUUACACUCUGCUUAAUGGUGUUUAGACAUCAGAUUGCAGCUAUUUUCACAACAAAUGAAGGCAUUAGACAAGAAAUGGUCACAGGCAUUUUAGUUACUUCUUUAAUUACUUUCCCUGACGGUCUCCACACUGCGCUCUUUGGGAUUAUGAAGGCAAUGGGGUAUCAGCAUUAUGGGACUCCUAUAUCCUUUGUCUGAUACUGGAUGUUUGCAGUUCCUAUAGGAUAUUAUCUUGGCACUAACUCAAAAUAUGGCCUUAGAGGACUCUGGAUUGGAUAUCCAAUUGGCCUUACCAUCUUAUGAAUCAUAUCCUUAUACCUCAUCCUCAGAACUAACUUUAAAAAGCUCUCCCAAAAAGUUGUUGAAAAACUCGAAGUGCAAAAACUUAAUCUUGAAAAACCCUCUUAAAUUCAUUCAUUUUCAA